ACACUGUUCUCACUUCCUUUUCAGUUGUCGGUCUCCUGUCGUGCUGAUCUGCUAUGCGUGGGCUUCAGCGAUAAUAAGUUAACUUGUUAGCUAACUUGCCCCUUGAGGGAUAAUUGUUGCAUCCAAAAUCUCCUACUCGCAUAACCAAAUUGCACAGAAAUAUUUAGGACAUGCCGAACAUCGUGCUUUUCAGCGGGAGUUCCCACCAAGACCUGUCACAAAAAGUGGCUGAUCGCCUCGGACUGGAAUUGGGGAAAGUGAUAACGAAGAAAUUCUCCAACCAAGAAACAUGCGUGGAGAUCGGGGAGAGCGUGCGCGGCGAGGACGUCUACAUUGUGCAGAGCGGCUGCGGCGAGAUCAACGACAACCUGAUGGAGCUGCUGAUCAUGAUCAACGCGUGUAAGAUCGCCUCGUCGUCCCGCGUCACCGCCGUCAUCCCCUGCUUCCCCUACGCCCGGCAGGACAAAAAAGACAAGAGUCGUGCUCCGAUCUCAGCCAAGCUGGUGGCCAACAUGCUGUCUGUAGCCGGCGCCGACCACAUCAUCACUAUGGACCUCCACGCCUCGCAGAUCCAGGGAUUCUUCGACAUCGCCGUGGACAACCUGUAUGCAGAGCCCGCGGUCCUCCAGUGGAUCCGGGAGAACAUUCCAGAGUGGAAGAACAGCUGCAUUGUGUCCCCUGACGCUGGAGGAGCCAAACGAGUGACCUCCAUCGCUGACCGCCUGAAUGUGGAGUUUGCCCUCAUCCACAAAGAGAGGAAGAAGGCCAACGAGGUGGACCGCAUGGUCCUGGUCGGAGACGUGAAGGACCGUGUGGCCAUCCUGGUCGACGACAUGGCCGACACCUGCGGUACCAUCUGCAAAGCUGCUGAGAAAUUGAUUGAUGCCGGUGCGAUCAAGGUCUACGCUAUCCUCACGCACGGCAUAUUUUCCGGUCCGGCCAUCGCGCGCAUCAACGACGCUCCCUUCGAGGCCGUGGUGGUCACCAACACCAUCCCUCAGGAGGAGAAGAUGAAGUCCUGCCCAAAGAUCCAGAUCAUAGAUAUUGCCAUGAUCCUGGCUGAGGCGAUCAGGAGAACCCACAAUGGCGAGUCGGUGUCCUACCUCUUCAGCCACGUGCCCUUAUAAAGGAUGGUCACAAGGAAGAGGUCACAAUGGCCAAUUUAGGCCGUUUCUCUCCUCAUGGUCCAAUCAGCUCGCCCCUUCAGUGGCCACGCCCUCCCGGAAGUCCUUAAACCCUGACGGUUUGGGCCAAUUACACGUGACUGAUUCCUAAAGGCCACGCCCACUUUCCCAGCUCCGUUCCGUAUGGAGACCCAAUAAAGAGAAUCACCUCUUUGAGACCAGCAAGUUUCUAUUUAUGCAUAUUGCCAUGUUAAGAUUUCCUUAUUGUGUUUGUUUUCAAUAUCAUGCUUUGCCAGCCUUGCCAGUCAAGGGAUCUGGCUGUCAUUUUAACCAAAGGUCCAUUGCCUAACAAUGUUCCUGUUUGUUGUACCUCAUUUUCUGUCUGUUUCACUAUAAAUGAAAUCAUUCCUUUUG